GCGCUGGAGUACGAGCCGGCAGAUGGCAGCAGGAGCGGAGUAAAAGCGUCAGUAUCGGGCUGUUCCCGGAGCAAGGCGGUCCAUAAAGGAGUCCCUGGGCUCCCCUGUCCUCCUCUGGAUUACCUCCGACCUGGUGACCCGGAUGCGAUAGAUAGCAGCCCCCAGGUCCUCCCUCGACCACCCCCAACCAUGGCUGCUGUAGAUCCCUUGCCUGCAGAUGGCCCAUCCGUCACCCUUACCAUCCGACUCAUCAUGCAGGGAAAGGAAGUUGGAAGUAUCAUCGGAAAGAAAGGUGAUAAUAUCAAAAAGUUCAGGGAAGAGAGUGGUGCAAAAAUCAAUAUAUCUGACGGAUCUUGUCCGGAACGUAUAGUUACUGUAACUGGGUGCACUGAUGCCAUUCUCAAGGCUUUUUCUCUCAUUGCACGGAAAUUCGAAGAGGAUCUGCAGAAUACAACUGCUGGAAUCAAUGUUCCGAAACCUCCAGUCACUCUGCGGCUCAUCGUCCCUGCUAGUCAGUGUGGUUCCCUUAUCGGUAAAGGUGGCUCUAAAAUCAAGGAAAUUAGAGAGGUCACAGGAGCCUCGAUUCAAGUAGCCAGCGAAAUGCUGCCUAACUCGACGGAACGAGCUGUCACACUUUCGGGCACUGCAGAAGCCAUCAGCAAAUGCAUCUAUCAGAUAUGCUGCGUUAUGAUGGAAUCCCCACCGAAAGGAGCGACAAUACCUUACCGUCCAAAGCCAGCCAUGCCCCCUAUCAUCUUUGCCGGCGGUCAAGCAUACACAGUGCAAGGACAGUAUGCAAUUCCACAUCCAGACUGUCAAGGGGUGGAACUAAUGAAUCCACAGCUUACCAAGCUGCACCAGUUGGCUUUACAGCACGCUCCACUGCUGCCAGGACACAGUGUUGGAACACUGAGCCCUCAAGGAUCUUUAUGCAUCCCUGCUCUGGCGACUUUGGCAGCCACUAACAGUCUGCGACCGGGCACAGCGGCCACAGCUCUGGCCAGCGUCACCACCACCACAACUGAAAUGAACAUCCCCAAUGACCUGAUAGGAUGUGUCAUUGGAAAAGGAGGGGCCAAGAUCAAUGAAAUUAGGCAACUCUCAGGGGCAACCAUCAAAAUUUCAAAUUCAGAAGAAGGAUCUAAAGACAGAACAGUUGCUAUUUCGGGAACUCCAGAGGCUAUCAAUCUUGCCCAGUACCUCAUCAAUACCAGUAUUCACAGUGCUCAGUUACCACUGCUGUGGAAGAACGUGCCAACUGCCCCACUCAAGUAAUCCGCUCUCUUUCUCCAUUUAUUGCACCUUAGUCUUGUCAGUUUCUGCUUCUCUUUUAGAUUAGUGUUUCCUCGACUCCUGGAAGACCUCCUAUUCUCCCUCCUUGGUAAAGAGUCCAGCACCUGAUUACUCGAAACUCCUGACGUCAAUCCCGCUACCUGUAUCUGGCAAUAAGAAUUCAUCCCUAGGCUCCUGACAGGAAAUCCUUUCUGUAUCGACUAACGGACCUUGGACAAUCGAAACUUUUAUUUACUAUUUAUGCUUAUAUAUACAUACAUACAUAUAUAUACUUAUAUAUAUAUACAUACAUACAAAGAACCAAAAGCUAUUUAAGCCUAACGGAAACAUAUCAAGCCUGUUUUCAGGGUAAAAUUGUAAAAAGCUAAAAAAAAAAAUUGUAUCUGUUAAACAGAGUUUUACAAAGUUGCUAGGAACUAAGUGCCUGCUGCCGAGGGUGGAAGUCAGUGUAGGCAACUCGAUCCCAUUUUCAGCAACAUAACCUAAACCUCGUUAUUGAAUUGAAAUGAGAUUAUAUAAGGCUCUUUGUUUUCGUCCUCUUUUGAAUCUUCAAUGCGAACGUGCCAAAGCAACACUCUCCCUUUGACAUUAAUGAGGUAUAUCUUUGGACAAAGCGCUUUCGCGCAGCUGAAAUAUUCUACUUUUAAAAAAUACUAUGCCCCACCAUUAUUAAAAUUAGAAAUUUGCGAUUAUAAAUGUCAGUACGUUAAAGGUAUGUUUGACAUAAAUAGUUUAAUGCGUAGAUUUUGUGUUAUUCAACGGAAAAAUAUCUUUUGCUAAUUUUUUAAUUUUGUAACGGAUAAUCUCUGAAAAGAUACUUCCGUGAUUCUUUUGUGUGAUUAUUAUGUGACGUGUUUUGUAUAUAUGAUUUUUUUCCCGUCAAGAGUUAUUUCGUGGCAAAGCAUUUUCCACCAUUGCUGUAAUGCCAAACAUUCGCACUAAACUGUACCGUUAGUUGACGCCCGAAAUGCAGCUUUCGACUAAGAAACAGGUCCCAUAUCAUAAUAGCCGUAACAUGAAGGAAAGAGUUGCUUACGCCCAUGCUGAUGAAGGAAAGAAAAAGAUCCAAGUACAAAAAACAAGACAGGUGGAAGGAGAACCGGAGUUCUCCAUUACAUAUCACAUUUUUUGAGACAUUGUAUAUGCACUAUUUCUAGAUGUAGUUGUUAUUGUAUAUUAUACAAGUGCAUCAGCCGGGCAUUAGGCCUCAAAGUUCCGUAGUGUUGUCGUACUGCAUCGAUAACCAAUCCUGUUAUCAAAUUCCAAUCGGAUGAAUGGAAAUGAUUUGUGCCGCCAACCUUUUAAAAAUUUAUCAAAAAAAAAAAAAAAAAAAAAGAAAAAGAAAAAAGAAAAGAAAAGAAAAAGAAAAAAAAUCGCCAAAAAUGAUAGCACUCGUUUUUUGAUCUACGUAUGUUAUAAUGAUUCAGAUGGGCUGCAUGCUGUAUCUACUUUAGCACCAACUUCCUCUGUAGAUCGCAAAUUGCAAUAUUAACGUAUGUUAUUUUCUUUUGGGGUUUUAACGCUAGUUUUCAGAUCAUCAGCAGUGACAAAAUAAAUACAAAUCCUGCCCAUUUCUCAUAUGUGCCAAAGAGAAAAUGAGAGAAAGAAUAACUGCGGGUAUAUGUGACAGGAAGUGAAAGAGAUCUUCCAUUAAAAAUGAAAUUCUAACGACUGAAGAGCAGUUUGCAGCUCAUUCACUUUUAAAAUUCGUUUUUUCAUUUUGAUCAAAAUAGUCUUCCAAAGUAUAAAAAAACUAAAUUCCAGCGACCUGAAAUGCCAAAAAGACGAAACAUAUCACCGAAACGUUUUCUCUCUAGUGUCUAUUUAUUGAGAAUUUCUCUUUAAUGCACCUAGAUUCCGAAAGUUUUUGGUAAAACAGCCAGAAAACGGGCGGGUGCCAUCAGCUCUGUGAAGCACUGGUUCCGAAAAGGGUAUUUUUUACCAAGAAAUUGUACGCAAGUACAGAAACGGGACCAACUCAUCUUUUCGUACUCAUUUUCUGAAACUCGAAUCUCAGCCGGUAGAAGUAGCCUCUAAGCGGUCUUCUCGAAAUUACUUUCUUCGCAGAAAUUUCUCUCCUAUAUUAUUUCUCCAAUGAAAAAGCCUCAAGUAAGAGGUAACAUGCAACGGUCCCUUAAUAGAGCUCAAUUAGGCAAGAAGAGUUUUUGGCGCCCAAUCGUUGCUUUCCGAUCUUGACAGCACCUGUGUUUAAUGCUUCGUAGAUUAUAGUCACCAUUAUUCUAUAAGUGUACACUGGACAAUCUUUUCAAUCUCGAGCACUUCUUUCACAAUUUCCUGGAUUGAUGACUCAAUAAUCAACGAGCUUAUGAGUGUCAAUAACAUUUUCAGGGCUCAUGAUUCUAGUUUGUUUUGUUGACUGACGGAGAAAGUUCUUCCUGCGUUUCAAAUUUUACUAGUGUGGUUUUACAAAAGCAAUACACAGUGCUUUGAAAUCGACGUGGCUUUUCUUUACAGUUGUUUGUUGUAUUGCGUGUUGUUGAUUUUCUUGUAUUUGACUGCGGCGGCGAGACAAAAAUUGGAUGCUCAGUUUUGUCAGCGAUGUUUGUUAUUGCGACUAAGGAAUUAUUUACACGUAUUGUAAAAUAAUAUAUAUGAGUGUUAUUGUAUUGGGAAAGAACAGCUGAAUUUCUAUGCAAUUCUUUGUUCUCACAAGCUGUUUCUCUGAGUUGAGGAAGAGAUAUUUGAUAUAUAUUUUCCCCACGCGCCUUAUUAGUUUCACAAAUAAAAUAAACUUCCCUCGAUUGCGUCUUUCAAGGCAGAGUCAAGGGAACAUACCGUUUAUGAGGCCACAUAUCAAAUAUUCUUUUCAAGUUAAUUUUCCAUCCAGUCAAGGCAUAUCAAUGAAAGGCAAAUCCCCUCACAUAUCAUAAGUGAGUGAAUGAAAACUAAAGUGGGAGGAGCCUCUCCAAGACUGAUGCCUAUAUUCGUUGAAAGUAAUUAGAUGAGACUGGGAACGUAAAUGUAGUUCCUCCUCAUAACUUCAUAUCGCAGGUACAGAGGCGAAACGAUUUGUUCAUUUUUCAGUCAUGAAACCGUAUCAUAUUCCACUUUGACAUUUUUUACUCAACACUCUCGUGAAAUGUUUAGAAGUGAGUGUAAAAUGUGUUGAGAUUUUGUGUUUCUCACAUUAUUCCAUUUCGACACUUGUAUGUCUUGUGAAGCAGAGGAAAUAAUAUGCUUCGAGUCAAAUUGUUUCUGGUUAGCACAAUUAUUCUAUGGCGAUAUAAUGAGCACAACUACUCUACGUGUAACCUAAACAGUAUUGCUAAUUUUUUUCGAUGACUGUACAGGAAUGCUCCGUAUUCUGUAUGGUAACUAAUAAUAAAACUGUUGUGAAGUUUU